AUGUAUGAGUUUGCAAAUGAGAAAACAAGAGGAAUUAAUGGAUCAAAAAUUAUCAGAUAAGAUAAAACAAAAUACAGAGUAUGAAUCAAUUUUAAUAAACACAUAGAGUCACAACUUUUUUUCUGUGAAUCCUCAUGUCAGGAUGUUUAGUCAAUUAUUCUAAAAAAGCCCGUAUUUAACGUAGUUUAAGGAGAUGCUCUUUGCAAGUCUUUAGCAGAUUUAUUUGAGGACUUCGUUGAUACUAACUGUUUUACAAUGGAUGCAACCGCCAAUUCUUUGUAACUCUUAGAAAAUGAGAGAUCAAUAAUACUUAAAAAUUAUAUAAUAUGCUCAGUAGACUAGAUAGUUGGGAAUCGUACCAGAACAAAUUUAUAUUAUUGAAAUAGAGAGGCUCCUUAAAGUCUUAUAAAAUGACAACAAAGAAAUAUCAUUAAAAAUUCUAUAUGAACUUUGUGUUGCCAUGAAUUGCAUUAUAAGGGGCAAAUAGGAAUUCGUUUUGUAUGAUAAAUUUUUUGCUUAUUUGUACCAUCAAUUUAAUUCAGGAUACGAUUUUGUUUAGCAAUCUAUUCAACAGAGAGAAUAUUUGAAAAAAUAAAAGGAGGAGUAGAGACUAGGUAAAUUAAAUCAGCACGGUUUAAGAAGAGUAGGAUAAAUAUCAGUUUUAAAGAAUGAAUUUUAUUUAGAAGAAUAGCAGAGUGAGGGAAUCAGUAACAUUCCAUAAGUACUUACGAUUGAUUCCUAAUUGAAGCUUCCAAAUUCAAGAGUAUUAUCAGGAAAACUAGCAUAAUAAAUCUAAAGUGCUGAAGUGGCAAUUCAAGAUUUAUAAAAGGAAGUAAAGGACUAUUACAAUAUGUAUGCUGAAUAUUUUUAUGAUUCAGUAAAAAACUUGAUCUAAUUCAAAGGUGGAAAUGAGUCAUUAAACUAUAAAUUUCUAGGACUGAAAUUCAAUAUGAAGUAGAUGCUAUCUAUCAAUGCAAUAUAUCAAAAUGAAGAGAAUGGCACUAAAUUAUAUUUGCGUCAAUAUCAACUAGUAUCUGGUCUAAAUGAAAAGCAGAAUUCCCUAACAAACUACUUGACAUAUCAAUCGAUGUUUAACAAUAAUAACAAGGAGGAUCAAGUCGAAAAUCUAUAGGAGUUUCUGAGAUAAAGUCCUCCCUUAUCUCCUCACUAAUCAAAUAUUCAUAUUAAAACAGAAACUGUGCAUCAAUAGACUCAUAGCAACGAAGAUAUCAGAGUUGAGUGUGAAGAUGGAAACUAGAAUGAAUAUGAAAACGAAUGUGGUGUCCUAUUAGAUUUUACAUUAUUUGAUCCUCAAACAACUGUGCAAUAUCAAGUGUACUCAGUUAAUAGUGAAUGCAUAGCGGGCAUUAAAAUAUCAUUUCCUGAAGAGUAGAGUAGUUUUCGAUUGAUCGAAUUUCCAUGUAUUGAACCAUAAGAAGGAGGCUACGAUUGCCAUACCUAUCAAUUCAAGCCCUUAUCAAAUAUAAAAGGAUGCCAAGUUGAAUUGGUUUAGAUGACUCCAAGUAGGAGAUUCAUCAAAAAUUUCAUCUUAUUGGUUCAAGAUUCUGAUAACCCAUAAGAUCCAAAUAAACUCAAGUUUUUGAAAUUUGAUUUCUAGAAAAAUUAAGAGAUGGGGGAUAUUUAAAAUUUACAUGAUCAAAUAAUGCCGUACUUUAAUGAUGACUGGAGAAGGGCAAGAUUUCCCUUGUAUGUUAAUUUUCUAUAUAAUCAUCUGCCUUAAGCUUAGCAAUAGUUGAUUGAAACAAAGUUAAAGAAGAUCACGUUUGCGAUCAAUAGCAUGUUUCCUUAUGUUGAAUAUUUAGAAAAUAAAAAGAAACUCAUGUAAAUUGAUUUGAUUUAUUUAUAGUAAUCCGAAUGUGUUUGAGAUGUAUGUGUAAGAAUUAGGUCGAUAUAAAAAUAGGGAUCAAUAUCAAAGAACGGUGUUCAUUUAGAUUGAAAAUUGGCAAUAAAUUCAACAAGAGAGAAUCAUCGAUAACAUACUUGAUAACAUAAUUAUUUUUAUUUGGAAUGGGGGAUUCGAGAAUAGGAAAUUAUAGUGA